AUGCCCGCGGUCGUCGAGGCGAUGGCAACAACACCGAAUUCCGCUAUGGACAACGAUAAGAAACGCAAUAAGUUGGGAUAUCAUCGGACAUCUGUCGCAUGUGUGCAUUGCCGACGUCGCAAGAUUCGAUGUUUAGUCGCGGCGGACGAUACUCAAGGCCGAUGUGAGAAUUGUAUUCGGCUACGUAAGGAAUGCCAGUUUUUCCCAGUCGAUCAGCAACCGCCAAUUGAGAAGAAGUCGCGGCCAAGUUCGCGAUUGGAGUCGCAACCGGGGGAUCACUCGGUGACAACACCUAUAUCAUCAUCCCCAACCAACUUAAACCCGGAUUCCGUCGAAGCUUUCUAUCCGUAUUCGCCAAUGUCAAUGAAUGCGUCUUCCGCGCAGGAUAUGACCGGCUUCAACCCCGCUGGAUAUCCUGCAACCCCGAUGUCGGGAUUCCCAACUGAUCGAGCCAUGGCCCCAGGAGAAUUCUCCGGCCAUCCAACAAUGGAAACCGGAGUGCCCUGGGAUGAGUUCACAACGAUAUCCGACCCCCAGAUGCUAGCCACAAUAGCCGCCAACAAAGGACAGAUGAUGAAUCUCGCACCGGGUGUCUGGAAUCCAAACGGCAUGCCUCCAGCGUCGGGUCUUCCUCCAACAUCGCCCAUGUCUGGCGCAUCACCAAUGGCAGCUCAAGCGCAAUCCAUGAACCCGACUCCAGCAUACACAGUGCAACCCGAUGGAUCGGUUUGGCCUGUACCGCCACAACAACCAUCGCGAACAAUGAGUUAUCCCGGUCAAGCAGACAUGAGCUCAUCGUAUCCGAGUCAAUUCCCGCAACACCAGCAGCAGCAAAUGCCACCGGACCUCAAGCGAAGGAUGACGACUCCAACACACCCCACCGGAUCAAACCCUGAAAUGCAAGCCGGACCGGGUUCAGUCUCUUACCCACCUCAAGCAGGCAUGGGAUAUGCCCAAUGGCCCAUGAACACCAUGCCCGUGAACGUGGUUCCAUACCCGAUGUACACAGGUGAAGCAGUUCAACAACCUCCAUACCCCCCAAUGGGACACCCGCCAGGUCGAUCAGGUCCCUAA